AUGGUUAGCAUUUCGAUAUUUAGUAGUUUAACCAGCACAAAUAACAUCAACAACAAUAAUAGUAAUAGUAACAGUAAUAGUAAUAGUAAUAUUAAGAGUAGCAAUAAUGGCGAAUCCAACGAGGAAGUGACACUGACACUCGAUUCUUCAUCGCCAUUCGAUAGUGGUAAAGAAACAUAUCGCUCAAGUCCCGAUCUCAAACCCGUUUCUCGGCCACUGUCGAGAAAUCGCAAUCGAUCAAUCUCAAUCACACGUUUUCUUUUCAACAGAGAAAAUGACCUAUCAAGCAAUGUCAAAACAGAAUCUUCAUCCGACUCAACCAACAAUUCCCCGUUAUCAACGUCAGGACUUCAUGCUGAACAAAACUCAGCAAAUAGUAAUGGAAGUGGGGGGUUAAGUAGAUUCAGGAGUAUGUUUCGACUACCUUCCAGUUCCAUGGGUAGUCCUGAGGACAAGAUUUCAACCCUGUCUGGCCGUGGGAGAUCACUUUCAAGCCCAUUCACGCAAACGGCUUCUUCACCUAUCGGUAAACACAAAAAGUCCAGAAGCAUCCUACUGGAUGCUUCUAGGAACCUACCACAAAUUACCACCACUGAGGUGCCAUCAGAAUCGCACGAUCUCGCUGAGGCAUCUACUCCUGUUAUUCGGUCAAACCCAUAUUUCCAGCAUCAAGGAUUGCCUCCUCAUUUAAGCGUAUCCCAACCACCGCAAUCAAAGUAUCUAAGUACCAACAAAUCCGAUCUAUUAGUGUCACUAAGGCAUAAUGACUCUGUUUACUCUUUGAAUGAACAUGGAAUUCUAAAGCCGCCGAAAAUACAUUAUAAUCAAUUUUCAUCUGGAGACGAGUCUGAAGACUUUGAGGAAUUUUCUUCAACGAAACCAUCCAAGAACAAAUAUAUCAAUAAAAUUGAUGAUAAUGAUAAUAAUAAUAAUAAUAAUAACAACAACGAUGAUGAUAACUAUGAUGAUAAUUAUGAUGAUGAUAAUGAUGGUAAUGAUGGUACUGGUACUGGUAACGCCCUAACACUUGAUGACGUGCUUUCAAAGUCUCCGGGAGUUGAGAGCAAUGUUAGUCCACCAUUCUCUCCGUUCCAGCGAGCAUUGCGGAGAGUCGCGUCUGCACCAUUGGUUCACAAAUUAAUGAGUGAAAAACAAGAAAACUCUUUGCCAGCACAACAUCAAAACGAGGAUGAGCCAUUUGACAUUAACAAGCAUAUUGGCGAGGUAAAGAUUACAGGGCGUCCAAGAACUUAUACGCAAGACCGAACGUAUUCACAUUCGGCUACAAAAGUGGUUGAUGUUCAAGUUGGUCCCGAUAGUUUUGAAAAAAUCCGUUUAUUGGGAAAAGGCGAUGUAGGGAAAGUUUACUUGGUGCGAGAAAAGCAGUCAAACAAGCUCUAUGCCAUGAAGAUUUUGAGUAAAAAAGAAAUGAUUGAGAGAAAUAAAAUUAAACGAGCGCUAGCUGAACAGGAGAUAUUGGCAACUUCCAACCACCCAUUCAUUGUAACAUUGUAUCACUCUUUCCAGUCGAAAGAUUUUUUGUACUUUUGUAUGGAAUACUGUAUGGGAGGAGAAUUUUUCCGUGCACUUCAAACUAGAGAAUCAAAAACUAUUUCUGAGAAUGAAGCCAAGUUUUACGCAGCAGAGGUUACAGCUGCAUUGGAAUACUUGCAUCUAAUGGGUUUUAUUUAUCGAGACCUCAAACCAGAGAAUAUCUUGUUGCACCAAUCUGGACAUAUCAUGUUGAGUGACUUUGACUUGUCUAAGCAGAGCGAAAUUGCUAAAAAUCCAGAGAUAACAUUCGCCAAGAACGGAAUACAUUUGACGUCCGGUGGAAACUCGCCACAUAAUGGACCCACAAUAGAUACAAAGGCCUGUAUUGAUGGUUUCAGAACAAACUCCUUUGUUGGUACAGAGGAGUAUAUUGCACCAGAAGUAAUACGAGGUAAAGGUCAUACUGGUGCAGUUGAUUGGUGGACUUUGGGAAUAUUCAUUUACGAAAUGCUAUUUGGCAUAACCCCUUUCAAAGGCCACGAUAGGAAGAAAACGUUUGCCAAUAUCCUCAAACGUGAUGUAAAAUUCCCUGAUACUCAAGCAAUAUCGUCGAAUUGCAAGAUGUUGAUCAAGAAGCUACUCAUCAAGGAAGAAGAAAAAAGAUUAGGGUCCAAGACAGGAGCUUCAGAAGUGAAAAACCACGCAUUUUUCAAAAAUACUCAAUGGGCGUUGCUACGCCACCAAAAGCCACCAAUGAUUCCAGUCUUGACUAAAUCACCAUCGUCAACAACAUCGACAACAACAGCAACAACAACGACGACGACGACGACAACAACAGCAACAGCAACAACAAAGAAGCACGAGCAGUUGCAAAAAUCCAGAGAAGAGAAUUCGCUGUCUUCAGUGAUUAAUAUAAGUGGUAACGAUAUUAUCGAAAUCAUUGACGAUCCGAAUGAUCCUUUUGCAAAAUUUAAUUCGGUCACAUUGCGGUAUGGACAAGAGCCAGAAGAGGUUUCUAAUUUGGAUGCCAUUUAUAGCCCUGAAAGAAGCGCGUACACUAGUAUUGCCUAUACAAUGACAUCAAAUGCAAACAGUCCAGUUAAACAAAAGGGAUUUUUGAAACGGUAA